UCUUAACAUGGCGUAGUCUAUUCUCAUCUCUCUCAUCUCUUGUCAAUCUAAACCAAAAACCAGAGACAUGUCUAAGCUGGGUGAUGACGAACUAGGCCUCAUCCUUAACUGGAUCACCGACCUAAAUAACAGACGAUCAUUUUCUGAGGUCUGCAAGCAAUGGCUGAGAGUGGAGGGGCUAAAUAGAUCAUCACUUCGUCUUCUCGAACCCGAUGCUCUCCUUCAAGUCUUACCCAGAUUCCCAAAUUUAGUCACAUUCGAAACAUCAAAGUUCAUCACCGACGCGGACCUCGCAUUCGUGGCCCAAACAUGCCCCAAAAUCGAGGUAAUCAACCUCAGUCUGAAAACCCCACGUGAAAUUUCAUACCAAUUUGAUGAAGUAUUGAUCUUUGAUAAUGUUGGAGACGAAGGUCUUUGCGCUUUGGCAAAGAGGUGUCCCAAAUUGUCCAAGGUUUUGCUCAGAAGGAGAAAGAAUAUUGGGAAUUUUGGAGUUGUUUCGCUAUUGAAUUUAUUACAUAAUUUGACGUAUUUGGAUUUGGGAUUUUGUAGCUUGGUCUCGGACCAAGCCCUAGAAGCAAUUGGGUCUGCAAAUUCGAUUAGCGUUUUGAAUUUUCAAGGUUGUUCAUUGAUUACAGAUCGUGGAUUGGGGUUUUUGGCAAAUGGGUCUUCCUCAAAAACCAUGAAAAGGUUGAAUCUUGCAGAGUGUGAUAGAAUCACAGACUUUGGGGUCUCCCGUUUGGAGCAAAUGUGUUGCUUGGUGGAGCUGAAUUUAGCUGAAUGUGGCCCAAAAGUGACUGAUAUUGGAGGUCUUUCAAUUGCUGCAAUUCAGUCUCUUAAAAAAUUGAACUUGUCAUGGCUGGUCAAUGUGUCAGAUCAUACGCUUGUUGCUCUAGCUGAGAAUUGCCUGAAUUUGGAGAUGGUUGAUUUAACUGGUUGUGAUUUGGUAACUGGAGCUGGCAUUCGUGCAUUUGCAGGUCACAUGUGCUUAGAAGCUCUUGUUCUGCGUUCUUGCUUCAAUGUUAGUGACUCUGAUGUGGUAAACAUUGUGCUUAGAUGCCAGUUCUUGAAGUCUGUUGUGUUGGAUAAGGGACUGAGAAUAUGGAUGUUGCCUCAGACACAAGAGAGCAUUAGCAGAUUCGUGGAGUUAGUUUGGGCUUGAAAGAUGGAUGCAGCAAGCAGCUGAGUUGAUGUGUUUUGGGUUGUGCUCUGCCGCUUCAUGGAUUCAGCCAACUUGUAUAUAUCAGUCUCUCUAACAUCAGAUGAAGAAGUUUAUCCAUGUUGGAGCUUUCAAAGACUUUGGAGUAAAACUUAUAUCAUGUUUCAUAUUCCUCUCUCAAUUUCGAGUUAGAAGAGAAAGGUGUAUGAAACAUGGGAUAUGCAAGUUUUUUUGAAGAAUUUGAGAUGUAGUGCUAUAAAUUCCUUGAACAUUUUCUCUUUCAGUGGAUGAUUGGAUUCUACCAACUUGUACUUUUAGGAGAUGGGAGCUGUAAUUGUUUAUACAGAUUCAUAUAUGAAAUCCUUUAUUUGUAAA